AUGACUUUCCUCGUGCUGCUCUGGUUGCUGUUAUUUCCGGCUGAUUGUAAUCCGUAUGUUUCCGAUUCGUUUGUGAUGUAUUCGUCGGAUCGGCCAUCAGCCAACAAGUGUAUUCCGAUACCAAAAAAUUUUACCCUCUGUUACGGUAUGCAGUAUACAACGAUGAGAUUACCGAAUUUAUUGGAGCACGAAACCUUGGAUGAGGUAAUCGAACAAGCUGAACCAUGGCCGGUGCUUACCAACUUAAACUGUCAUCCGGAUGCCCAGCUUUUUCUAUGCUCAUUGUUUGCUCCAGUUUGUUUGGCAUCAUUAGAUCGUGAAAUUUUACCAUGCCGAUCAUUAUGUGAAGCUGUUCAAAAGGUUAAUUGA